UUUCAGAAAUGAUUUCAUUCGAGGAUUUUCUCCUCCGACCAUCCAAAGUCGUCGAUCCAUUCAACAGAUUCGUCGCAAAAAUUGAUCCAUUUCUGACUCUUGUCGAAUUUUGCCAAGUUAUCGGACCAAAACCACUAGCGGUAGUUUCUCAGCGGCCAGAUGAUAAAAUCCGCGGAGUUGACAUAAACGAUAUGGCAAUCUGGUUGAUGUCGUCUGAUACUGUUCCGGGUACAAUGAUUGUGUUGGAAAACAAUCAAACGGGUGUAUAUGCGGCCGCAUAUUAUUUUAAUUUGUACGACAUGAGAGCAAGAGCUUUUCAAAGAAAUUUAUGCAUCGCCUAUUUAUGUUCGGAGAAGCCAACAAAAGAAACUUUGAACCUAUUCUCAUCAGCUAUGAAAAAAUUAGUUUCACCAGUUUUGAUUUGCAAUCGACGUCUGUUUAUUCGCCAUGUCACUGAUAUUGUCAAGUUUUCGGACAGUGUUGAUGAAACCACCCUGAAACAGUACUAUACACUGAAUGGAGAUUCACAAAAGUUGUCAGACGGAAGCAGAUUCAAUGUAGUUUUCGAGCAAACCAGGCUUCUAAAAAGCAAAUUUUUGACGAAAAGAUUUCAAGAAAUGGCUUUUGAUGAUGACAUUUGCUGUGGUCACAAUGCAGAAAACAUGAACGAAGCUGAAGAUAUUAUUUGCUCAUUCCGAGUUCCAUCAAUUCCAUUGAGUCCUGUGGAAACUCUCACUCCAUGUGCGUAUUCAUCCAUAAUUCCAAAACUACGCCAACUAUGCUCCGAACUAUGUUCAUCAGGAAGCCCUAAUAGAAAUUCUACUCAUGGAGCUCUUUUCUGUGGACACCGUCCCAUCGCAACUACAUCACCAGCCGCCACUACAACUUUGCCUUGGAACACUGAUUCAGGAAAAUCUGAUAAUGAUAAAAACGGAGAAGAAACUCUAAAAGAAGUAACUGGACACCUGGGAGAUGUCAUAUUUCCAUUGCUUUGUGGAGAAGAUUUGGUAGUUUGUGGAGCAGAACAGAGAAAGAGUACUGUAGAAGAUAUGCUCGGGAAAUUGAGCAGAGUUGUUCCAAGAGAAAGUGCUCGGAAUGUAGAAGAAAAUAUCAAAAUCGAAAAGGAUCCAAAUAGAAUAGGCAAUGGAUUGGGCGGUCUGCUAUGUAAUAGAAAUGAGACCGGAAAAUUGGCAAGAUGGAGAAAUGUUCUUGAUAUGAAUAGAAGUGCUCUCAAGACGUUUACCUACGAUGGAUCAUUGCUAGCUGGUCUCAAUAAGAAAAGAAAGUUCCCAUCUGAUCGUUCCCUGGUCCUUUUUAUAAUUGCCUAUUUGACAAAUAUUUGUCAGCUUGCAUUCAUCUGUCGAUAUAUGUUCAUCAAAUCUCCGAACUCUAUCGAAAAAGCAUUGGGAGAUCAGCAGAAACUGAGCUCAGACGACGAAAGAAUAUUGAUCAACUUGCUGAUGGGAAUCGACUUCGAAAAAUUCAACCAACUCAAAGUAUCAUCCAAAGACGGGGCAAAGCCGAGUAGAACCAUCAAUUUGUGAUUUAAAAAUUUGAAUAUUUAUGAAACAAUAAAAAAAAUCAAAUUCAGUCUGAUACAAUACAAGCUGUCAUUGAAA